AUGAUUUCAGCAGACCACCCUGACCGGAUAAAGCUGCUGAACAGCAUUGGAUUAUUGCUCUACCUCAAAUACACAGAGACAAAGGCGAUGAUUGACCUCCAACAAGCCAUUCGAGUGGCGCAGGAAGUUCUCGAAGCCACCCCAGAAGGCCAUCCGAAUAAAGAAAUCUGGUCAAACAACCUCGGAAAUCUGCUCAGCGACAAAUAUUCGAGCACAGGGGAGAUGGCUGACCUUAAUGACGCUAUUCGAGUUGCAAGACAGACCGUUCAUAUGACUCCAAAAGAGCACAAAGAGCGGCCAAUGUGGUUGAACAAUUUUGGAGUUCUUCUUAACAACAGAUAUUUGAGGACAGGCAUCGAAUCUGACCACGAAGAAGCUCUCCAGGUGUCAUGGGAAGCUGUUCAUAUCACACCUAAAGAUCACCCAGAGCUCGGAGGGCGAUUGAACAACCUAAGAGUCCAGCUCGGACACCGAUAUUCGAGGAGAGGGGAGAUGCCCGAUCUCGAAGAAGCUAUCCGAGUGGCACAGGAAUGUGUUCGUGCGACACCAGAACAUCAUCCGGAUCUGGGUGGGCGGUUGGAAAGCUUGGGAAUCCUACUCGACAGCAAAUAUACGAGGAUAGGGGCACUAGGGGAUCUAGAGCAAGCCAUCCAAGCAUCACGAGGAGCUGUUAACAACACUCCCGAAGCCGACUCAAAUCUAGCGAGUUGCCUAUGCAACCUUGGCUACCUACUCACAGACAGGUACUCAAGGGUACGGCAAUUGACCGACCUCGACGAGGCCAUUAUGUUGAUACGAAAUGCCAUUGCCGUUGACCUGACGUCAAGAGACAAUCCCAACUGGCCACAGCGGUUGCAAAACCUGGCAGCCAUUUUCGGUAAGAGAUAUGCGAAUACAGAAUCAAUGGCCGACCUUGAGGCAUCAAUUCGAAUGGCACAAGAAGCUGUCGAUGCGACUCCAGAAAAUAUUCCAAACCGUGCGAUCUAUCUGAGCUCACUUGGGAAAGCACUCUCUGCCCGGUUCUUGAAAACCAACGCGCAGGCUGACCUCAAACGAGUCAUAUCUUGCUCUAAGUCUACUCUAUAUCAGCCCAACUCAUCGAUUACUUCUCGCAUAGAGGCUGGCAAAUCGCUCCUUGCCUGUUAUGGGUUCACGUCAGACUGGCAACUGGCCUACGACACCGCAAAGGUUGUUCUCAGCCUCAUUCCUCAGCUGACCCCGCGCUCACUCAGGAAUUCAGACAAACAGCACCUCCUCAGUCAGAUUUCUGGGCUGGCAUCUGAUGCCGCAGCUGCCGCGUUGGAGAUUGGAAAAAGUCCACUAGUGGCGCUUGAAUUUCUUGAGCAGGGUCGCGGUGUGCUUGCAGGAUCCCUCGAUGAGUUGCAAGUGGAUGCUCUGGACCUACAGGAGAAACAUGGCGAGCUAGCAGAGCGGUUCACCCGUCUCCGAGACGAGCUAGAGCCGCCAAUCAUCCGAAACAUCUCAUUAACGGAAGAAGACCCUCAGCCUUGGCAGGCUCAGGCAACGCGGCGUUACGAUGCAGCAGACGAGUUCGCUCGACUGAUAGCCGAAAUUCGUCAGCAACCUGGGUUUGCGGAUUUCUUACUUGCGCCAAGCAGUGAAGAUAUGCAAGCUGCCGCUACUUAUGGUCCAAUUGUUAUUAUUAAUGUCAGCGGGUAUCGCUGUGAUGCGGUAAUCGUUGAACGCCAACAAAUACGCUCAUUGGCCUUGCAGAAUUUAGAUACCAACGAGAUUGAGGAAAUAGCUCGGAAAGGUGAUCUAGGGCAUCCCGACACAUUAGAGUGGCUGUGGCAUACUAUCGCGAAUCCGGUUCUGGAUGCUCUUGGUUUUCGGGAGCUACCGUCUGCUUGGCCACAUAUGUGGUGGAUUCCUACGGGGCUUCUGACCAAAUUUCCUCUCCACGCGGCUGGACUUUUCAACAAGAGUGGUAUCGGUAACACACUUGACAGAGUAAUAUCAUCUUACAACUUGUCCGUCAAGGCAAUCAUACGUGGCCGCCAACGUCGCAUCCCAGCAUCGAUACCAUCGGCUUCACCCCAAGCGCUCCUCAUUGCCAUGCGAGAUACACCGGGAUGUAUCAGUCAACUCCCCUUCGCAGCCAAGGAGGUGUCUAUGCUACACGGCAUUUGUAGAUCUAUGGCUAUUGACACUAUUGAACCCAGACGAUAUAAGAAGGAUAUCUUAGCUCUUUUGCCGAGUUGCAAAAUCUUUCACUUUGCCGGACACGCCAACGCGAACAGAGUUGACCCUUCCCGGAGCCAAUUACUCCUAGAAGAUUGGGAAACGGACCCGUUGAUGGUCGGUACUCUGAUGGAGAUGAAACUUCGUGAGCGUUUGCCAUUUCUCGCUUACCUCUCGGCAUGUGGGACCGGUCAAAUCAAAGACGACAGAUUUGUCGACGAGAGCAUCCAUCUAGUCAGUGCUUAUCAGCUUGCGGGGUUUCGUCACGUUGUGGGCACCCUGUGGGAGGUUAAUGACGAAACCUGCGUAGACAUAGCCAGAAUGACGUACGAAGGGAUGAGGGAUAAAGGUAUGACAGACGAGGCAGUAUGCUGGGGCCUUCACACAGCGAUAAGGGAAAUUCGGAACAGGUGGGUCUCGGAAAUGGCACAUCCCAGACAAGCAAGCCAAUUGAUGAUAUCGGGCUCGAAUGACGGAGACCUGGGAGGUGCUACGCUGCCAAGGGACAUUGAAGCCAGCGACCAGGAUGAUGAAAAACCUUUGUACUGGGUUCCCUAUGUUCAUUUCGGGGUAUAAGAAUAUCAAUAGAAGCAGAGUCGC